AUGGAAGUAACGGACACACCUCGUCGGCGACAAUCGUGUGAUCGGUGUCAUGGGCAGAAGUUGCGAUGCACACGAGCGAGCAACGACGAGACAGGAGCUUGCAUUCGAUGCCGCCGGCAAGGUGCGCAGUGUAUCUACAGCUCAAGUUUGCCCAAAGGCCGUCCAAGUAUGUAUCGCCUGGAUGGACCAUCCUCCGAUUCAACGACCCUUCCACAAGUUGCGCGGCCAAAGCCUCGGUCCCGACAAGCCCCCGCCGUGACUGCGUCGAGUUUAGACCACGGCCUUGUCACUAAUAUCGAAUCACUCCCCGAUGACAAACCAAGCACGAACUCGCACAGCCCAGGCAAUCCCGGCCCGAUUUUCCCGUUACCGAUAGAUCCCUCAAUCACAUGGCCUUCUCUUCCGCAGUCAAACCUGCAUGAAGUGGAGGCACGUGCCAAUAAGCAGGAUGGAACAUUAAAUGCAUUCGAUUUUAUUGAGCAGCAAAUGGACUGUGACUUGGAUUUCCUCAACUCUGUGCCGGGCCUCCUACCAUGGGACAACGGCGAUUGCUCCUGUCUAGGUGGUGACUCUGAGCUCGCCAAGACAAUUGACAAUGGAGGGAAACUGAUGGCCAGCAAUUCCAGUCCUGACCUUGGCAUUGUGCAUUUAUCUCAACUCAGUAGUCGCCUCGUCUCACUGUAUCAGUGGAGCUGCGCCGUUGCGAACAGUGGUGGGUCGUCCCUCGGAUCCAACGACCGAGAUCAAGGACGUCCGAAUUCCCUGAUCAACGACGUCGCAUUUAAGUCAGUAGCAUCCUGGCUGGCACACUUUUCUACAGAGGGAAACUUGCCCUUCUGCAUGAGCCCCAAUAUCAGUACCUUGGGAGAAUUCUCCAAGGAAGAUGCCCUGGGCAAGGUUUUCACGGCCUCAUACCAAUUUAUGGAGACCCUACGUGGCUUGCAGGAUCGAAUCUCCACUGGAGCCCCGAAACCCAUAUCCAAUUACUCCGGAGGAACGUUCCACAACUGCGGAACCAAGACCUCAUCUACGUCAAACUCCACGCAGAAUGUGCCGUUUCCCGUUCCUAACACUGCAGAGAACCCGUCUUCUCGUAUUGUUGAGCGCCAUCUGGUCAUGGCAUGUCACACUCUGCUCCUCAAGAUUUAUUUGGCUGUAUUUGCCACACUGCAGUAUGACGUUGACCGUUAUUCUUCCCGAGCUGGCUGUGGGCCGGUUCACCAAAGUGCGGUCACGCACCCAGUUUCUCUCGCAGAUAUUCGGUGUGUCACAGUCGUGCAGCUCUGCACCUAUAUACUGGACCGUCAAAAUCACGCUGUGUCUGGAUACUUGGCACCGGGAUCCCCGCCAACACAGUCCAUGCAACUGGAGCCCUCCUAUUUCCCUCAAUACGAUGCUACCAAAGGCGCCGAAUGUGGACCGGACUUAGAGGUUCAGUCUCAGCUGAAACGCCUCCGAGAAUCAUUGCGGAUUUGA